AUGGCUCUUUCUCAGGACAAAGUCACCUUCAUCUCGCCAUUAAACCAGCAUGAACAAGGAGAAGAUGUUGAUGACUACUAUGAAAACAAUGUUUCUCCACAAGGGUGUGAUUGCUUUCCUCUCUUCUGCUUCCAGUGGCGGCGAGGCAGUGAAAGCAGCCGGCUUUUGCACCAGAAUGGAGGGGAGUACAGAGAAUCAUGGCUGAUACAGAAGGUGAAGAAAGUUAAGGAGGCAUCUGAGGUGUUUGCAGGGCCCAAAUGGAAAACUUUGAUCAGAAAAGUCGGUGGAUAUGUUAAGAGAAACAAGUACAAGAAUAGAUUUCAAUAUGAUCCUCAAAGCUAUGCUCUCAAUUUUGAUAGUAGUGUUGAUAUGGAAGAUAGAGGUCUAGUUUCAUGA